UACUGUUAGGCCCUUCGAUUCUUCAACAUUUGGACUGGGCAGGCUUCUACGGAAACAUGUUCUCUUUCAAGCAAACAAAACUAAUGCGCCUCCUGGAAUACAUCAGCUUAGGAAUGUACGGAUACAUAGUCGGAGUCCGUACAGAUGUGAGCAUGAUCAAGACUUCCGGCAAGCUCUCGUGGAUCAUCGGCGUCUUAGGCUUUCUGAUCCCCCUCGUAAUAGCCUACUCCACGAACAUCUACCUCGGAAAAUUCUUCAUCUCGAAAUCCGAAGCAGCGGACCUCAUGCCCAUCUGCCUACUUGCCUCCUCGUCUUACUUCCACGUUACCUCCAUCCUCCUCGAAGAACUGAACCUCCUCAACUCGGAGAUCGGCCGGCUCGCCCUUUCUUCGUCGCUCAUCUCCAGCCUCUUCAGUUGGAUUUACUCAAUUUCCACCAACUACUACUAUUAUGCUAACUUCUAUAAACUUACCAAGUUGGUCUACUUGGAAAGGCAAACAUACAGGAUCAUCCUGGCACUCUUCAUAAUCUUCGCACUCCGGCCAGUAAUGUUCUGGAUGAUCAGGAAAGUCCCGGAAGGAAAGUGCAUAAAGGAGGCGCACUUUUUCGGGAUGGUGGUGAUGUUAUUCGGGGUGGGAUUUUUGAGUGAGUCAUUGGGUUACACAGCGUUCUUCGGGAUGAUGAUAUUGGGGCUGGCGGUACCGGCAGGCCCGCCGCUGGGGUCGGGAAUGCUGCGAAGGCUGAAAUUGUUUGUGUCGACGGUGUUGUUGCCGUCGUUCGUGGUGAACGUGGGUCACAUAGUGGAUGUGUUUGCGAUGAAGGCGGACGAUAAGGUUAUAAUGACGGUGGUGAUCGUCUGUAUGGCGUCCUACUUGGGGAAGAUUGUGGUGACUGUCAUUCCUUUGCGCUUCUGCAAGAUGCCUUACGCGGAUGCUUUCGCGCUUGCCCUCAUCGUCAGCACCCAAGGCCUUUUUGACGUAUUCUUUAUCAAAAUUUCGGCAUCAUACGGGUUACUACGUCGAGAAUCCUACUCCGUUAUCACUCUAAUCUCUGUGUUGAUAGCAUCUUUUAGCACUCCUAUAAUCAGUCACCUAUAUGAUCCUUCAAAAAGAUACAUCAACUACAAAAGGCGAACACUCCAGCACUCUAGGCAUGAACACGAGCUUCGAAUGCUUGUAUGCGUUCACGAAGAAGACCAUGUUUUCAGCAUAAUGAACGUCCUGAAAGCCUCUUAUCCUCACAAAAAGAAUCCCAUUGAAGCUAUUGUUCUCGACAUGAUGGAGCUCAAUGGCCGAGAUAACCCGCUUCUCAUCAACCACCAAUUCCAUAAAGGCCGCUCUUCUACGCUCACUCGAGCAGACCGCAUCAUCACCGCCUUUCAACAAUUUGAAUUGCACCAUGAAGGGCUCAAACACCAGCAUUUCACCUCUAUUGCACCUUACACUUCGAUGCAUGAUGACAUAUGUCUGUUGGCACUUGAGAAGACCACAUCCUUGUUGAUCCUCCCAUUUCACAGCUCAGAGAGCGUCGCAGUAAGGGGGUUGAAGAAAAAUGUCCUCGAUAAGGCUCCAUGCUCUGUUGGGAUACUUGUCGACAAAAAAAUAGUUAUGUACUGGAGAUCUAAUUAUCUUGACGAGAAAAAAUUCAAUGUUUGUGUGAUUUUCUUAGGAGGACCAGAUUCUCGUGAGGCACUAGCCCUUGCUAUGCGCAUGGUUGAGAACCCUGCCAUUAGGCUCACCGUCAUUCGACUAAUUGCAGAAGACGAUUUCAUCACUGAUUUAUUGGAGACUAAGCUUGAUGUAAGAGUGAUCGCCGAGCUUGAGAAUUUGUACAAAAACGAAAUGGAUAUCGAGUAUAGAGAAGUGAUUGCCAAGGACGGAGCUAACACAGUGGAAGUUCUCAACUCUCUUGAUGACCAAUAUGACCUCUUAUUAGUGGGAAGAAGACUUGAUAGUGAAUCCCCACUGGUGGCUGGACUCACUGAUUGGAGUUUUGCCGCAGAACUAGGAAUCAUCGGAGACAUACUUGUGUCCUCGGAUAUGAAGUGCAAUGCAUCAGUGCUUGUUCUGCAACAACAAACCACAGUUGAAGAUUUACUAAAUAUUCAAAAAGAAUAAUGUUAUAUGUAUAGCAAAGUGUAAAUUAAUAUGUUAGGCGAGGUUUGUGUGCACUUUGUAUCCACAUUAAAUUAGAUUCAGUCAC